UGCGAGACGAGAUCACCGUUUGCCUGCGCCACACGAUAUCCUCGCCAUCUACCAUCAGCUCUCCUACUGCUCGCCCCACCUCUACAACGCCGACUCCCGAAUCCCUACUCGCGAAAGCCCUCCGCCGAUGGAAGCUUCCUGUUCACCAUCUGCGACGUGGUGAGAAAGAAGCACCGACACACCCUCCACCUUCUCGAAACACCUCCUCAAAUGUCGGGACAGCCUUCUGGACCAGGCGGGCCUGGUUCUAGGAGCGUCAGUAUCAGCAAUGGGCCUGGAGGGCCUCCGAGUGCGGGAAUGCCGCCCCAGCAGCAUAUGCAGGCGCAACAGAAUCCUGUUGGAGGCCCGGCAGGCGCACAGCCAGGCAACCAGUCGCAGCAGAAUCUCAACCAAAUUGUUCUUGAGUACCUCAGCAAGAAGGGGUACAACCGUACGGAGGCGAUGCUUCGGAAAGAGUCUGCACAUCAGGACGCAGAUGGCCGCCCCAUUGUCACUCGAGUUGAGGAAUCUGGAGGACCCAAGUACACCACGGCCUUUGGCGUAUUGCGUACUUAUAUUGAGGACAGUCUGGACCUCUACAAGCCUGAGCUCCGUAGACUGCAAUGGCCUGUCUUCGUCUACUCUUACUUGGACCUGAUCAGAGAUCACUACAUACGAGAAGGCGAACAAUUCUUCACCAAGUUCAAGGAGCCAUUCAGCCGAGAGCAUGAAGACGACCUGCGUGCUUUAUCCGCAGUCAAACUACCCCAGCAUCUCACGGAGAGCCACAUCGCGAAGGUGUAUCUAGAGAACAAGUACCGCUUGACGCUGAGCAUCAUGGCAUUCAACAACCUCAUGCAAUUCCUCGAAUCAAAGAACCCCGAAGGAGGGGCUGUAGUGGCGGAAAUCAUGAAUAUCCACAUGGAACUGCACACGGUAGACCGAGCGGCUGCGGGAGCCGAGCGCAGCAUUGCUGCGAUUAUCGCACGCGGCGCUGUCCAUGAAGAUAUGCCUGCUGAAGAUGAAGGCAUUCCCGGGCACAAUCCUGGUUCCGCAAACACCGAUCGCAACGCGCCUAAUGUCCUUGCCAAGCUCAAUCUUGGACCGAUGCCCACGGAAGCAGAGCUGCAGGAAGAUGUGCGCGCGGAGCUUUCAUACAGAGACGCCAAGAAUCCGCCACAGCCGGGCCAGCAUUCACUGGUAGACGAAUUUGAACAGAUUAUUAAGCGAGAGCCGACUGAGGACGGGCCAACUCGCGAAGUCGUUCCUUUUCCACCGUCACUUGCCCGGGACGUCGCCAUGGAAGUACAGAAAGUGGUAGAGCACCGUGAUCGCUUCAGGAUUACCGGCAGGACUGGCGGAGUUGGGCCAGGACUAACCGUGUCAAUGUACACGUUCCAUAACACCCAUGACAGUAUCAACUGUCUCGAUUUCUCUGGCGAUAAUGAGCUCGUCGCAGCCGGAAUGGCAGAGUCGUACAUUCGCGUCUGGUCGAUGGACGGCUCAGCCCUUCCCCCUUCACCGCAUGACUCGAGCUCGGACCGACCUCAGUCUUCACGUCGCCUAAUAGGACACUCCGGGCCCGUAUACGCAGUUUCCUUCUCUCCCUCUAUUGCCUCUCCCGAUCCCGAUGGGCCGUCGACCGCAUCACAGUACCUCCUCUCCUGCUCCGCCGACAAAACCGUCCGCUUGUGGUCUCUUGAGACCUGGACAUGCCUCGUUGCAUAUCGAAGCCACGACAACCCCAUAUGGGACGUUACAUGGGGGCCCCAAGGCCACUACUUCCUGACUGGGUCGGGCGACCGCACCGCUCGUCUUUGGAGCACCGAUCAUAUCGAGCCUCUGAAGAUGUACGUUGGACAUGACAACGAUGUGGAUUGUGUUUCCUUCCAUCCAAACAACCUAUACGUCUUCACGGGAUCUUGCGACAAGAGCGUCCGAAUGUGGCACAUAUCUACCGGUAACGCUUUGCGACUCUUCACCGGACACACUAGCAACGUCACCGCCAUAGCCUGCUCUCCAGAUGGCAAGACGCUUGCGUCUGCCGACGACACUGGCGCUAUACUUCUCUGGGACUUGGAAAAGGGCCGUCGUAAGAAGCGCAUGCGCGGACACGGCAAAGGUGGCAUCUGGUCACUCUCCUGGUCCGUCGAGUCGACGGUCUUGGUAUCUGGUGGCGCCGAUGGCACAGUCCGCGUCUGGGACGUCCUCCUCGAGACGUCGGACAGCUCUGGAAAGGUGGUUGCUGAGGGCGGCGCUGGUGCCAAGAUCGACGCUGGCAAAGCCGGCGCGGGUGCCGUCGUCAAGGCAGGCGGUAAGGCAAAGGAUAUUGGCAUCACCGCUGAUCAGAUAUCGGCCUUCCCCACCAAGAAGAGCCCGGUCUACAAGGUGCAGUUCACGAGGAUGAAUCUGGUGCUGGCUGGUGGUGCCUACAUGCCUUGAUUAGGCUCUACAGGGGCUGGCUUUCGUACUUUUGUAACAUUUGCUCCUCUUUUUGACAAAGGCAUAACUGCAGGUGUUAAGGUAGGCAAAAGGACAGCGUGCGGGACGGAGUUUGCGGAGCUUUCUGGAUUGGCAGUAGGAUUGGGGCAGGCCGUCUUUUUCGUAGUAUCGAGCCAUAAUCCCAAAUAAAGAUACCCUACACCCCCUCCUAAGUCACGGGCUCGCGUUCUUUGCAUUUGGGAUUCCUGCUUGUAUGAUACCUCUUGGGGUAUCUUGGGUAUAUAUACCUGUAUGCGUAGAGCUCGGCAUCCCUUACGCCUGAGUCACGGCGUAGUCUAAGAUUCCUUAGUUCUGUUAGCCCGCUCUAAUGUACCGGCGCACGCCUUUUGCAUCCGUAAUCUCUCUCCUAUGAUACGUCCACAGGUGUCUUACACGUCUACGUGUAGCUG